GUACAUCAUGAUCAAGUUCCCAUUCUGUCUAUAAUGCUUUAGAAAGAGGUACGAAGAACGCCAACGCAAAACCGUCGUUCUUUCUGGUGGCAUCGUCGUGUUUCAUCGCUAUCUCUUCCGUAAAAGAAGAAAUAAGAAGGAUGAACAAAUCGCGCAUCAAGUGGUGGCCGCAAUAUUUAGCAGCGAUUACAGCCACCCUAUCUAUGGCAACUUCCGGUUCUCACAUAGGCUGGACAUCACCGAUACUACCAAAAUUAAAGUCUCCGGACUCCCAUAUGCCAAUAACAUCGGACGAUGCCUCGUGGAUCGCUUCGUUCGUUCUCCUCGGCUCGAUACCUGGCAAUAUCAUCGCGGGCCUCAUCGUAGAUCGGCUGGGGCGUAAAACGUGCCUCCUAUUAGCGGGGAUACCACUGACUGUUAGUUGGAUUUUGAUCAUCGCAGCCUGGAGUCCGUAUGUUCUCUACAUUUCAAGAUUCAUCAGCGGCAUAGGGCUUGGCGUGGCUUACGUCAUUUGUCCCAUGUACAUCGGUGAAAUCGCCGAUAAAGAGAUCCGAGGAUCCCUGGGCUCUUUCAUCAAAUUAAUGGUAACAUUCGGCGAAUUGUACGCUCACGCAGUUGGCCCCUUCGUGUCGUACGAGUGUCUGGCAUACAGCUGCGUUAUAAUCCCUGUAAUCUUCUUCCUGACGUUCAGCUGGAUGCCAGAAUCUCCUUACUAUUUGUUGAUGAGAAAUCACGAGGAUAGAGCGAUGAACAGCCUGAAGCGUCUGAAGAGAUACGCAACGGAGGAUCAGCUGGAGGAAGACAUCGAACAAAUACAAAAGACCGUGAUCCGCGAUCUCAGCGACAAGGGACACAUUUGGGAUCUGUUCGACACUCCAGGUAACAGAAGAGCUGUAGUAAUCAGCUUCGGCCUUCAGCUAGUUCUGCAAUUCAGUGGUUUAGGCGCUAUAGAAGCGUAUACUCAAGAAAUUCUCGAGGAGGCUGAUACAGGUUUAUCCGCUGGAAUAGCGGUGAUCGUUCUAAGUGUUCUUCAGUUGGUAGCUGGUAUCGGUGCGGCAGCUUUGGUUGACAAAUUAGGAAGGAGGCCACUGCUUCUCGUCACUACUUUACUCGGUGGAUUGUCCUUAACUAUCGCUGGGGCGUUUUAUCUGUUAAAACAGUACAUGUCGAUAGACAUGACCGGUUUUGGUUGGGUUCUUCAUGCCUCUGUCAUAUUUUACGAACUCAUUAUCGCAUUAGGUUUAAAUCCCUUGGCCUACAUGAUGCUUGGAGAACUUUUCCCGACUAACGUCAAGGGAGCUGCAGUAUCUAUAGCAAACAUGUGGGCAUCCUUGUUGGCGUUCAUUGUUUCAAAAAUGUAUCAAGUCAUUUCCGAUUCUUGCGGUAUUUAUACCUCUUUCGGUUGGUUCGCUGUUAGCUGCUUCCUUGGAAUCGUCUUUAUAUUCUUCAUGGUCCCAGAAACCAAGGGGAAAUCGUUGCUAGAGAUACAAGAGGAACUGAACUGUAAAAAGAGAAAGCUGAAAAAAAAUAGAAAAAGUGAUCGGGGAAUUCAUAUUAAUACAAUAGCUUAAACCAGUAAAGUAAACAAUGAAACGAUGGUUCCGAUACUUGUCGAUUAUCAAGUAAGUCUGAUACGAUUAACAAUAUAUUUAUCAUAUUAUAAAAUCGAGAUUGACGCCGCGAAAAGUCUGUGAAAUUGGUAUUGGUAUUAAAUUUUUAAAAUAUUCGGAAGGAAUGAUAAACCAUCGUUUCAACGAAAAUGCUGAAAAUUUUUUAGAUAUCUUUCUUUCUUAAGCAAGUCUUCCACGUAUUCUGCGAAAUCUGCAAGACAAAUGCUCGUGUUAAGUAUAUUCCUGGUGUUAGACUCGAAUUGAUUUUAUUUUAAACUCGAGCAACGUCAAGGCCAUUUGUCAAAUUUCAAUCGAAUGGAUAACUCUUACUGCUAUUAAUACAGGAACGUGAAAUGUUCCAAAAAAAAAAAAGAAACAUAUUCUCUGCAUUUUUAAAAUAAUAAUUUAGGCUGUAAGAUUUUUUCUUUUUUUUUAAGCGAGGGCCCUUAUAUUCCAUGUGAAUGAACUGUUUACUUCGGUCAGAGUAACAAGGUUGUCGAAGAACAUUUCGAUUAAGAUUUCAUCAUUGAUCGGCAAAGCACGUUGGUGAGUCCAUUUAAUAAAUCGGAUUACUAUAAUAGAAACACACACAGGUACCGCAUAUAUCACUUGGCCAAAUAGUUCUAUCGUACGUCAUCCUGAAUAAAGGUAAU